UUAAUUUUGGUUUAAAUUGUAUUUCAAAAGUAAACUAAAAUUUAGUGUGUUUUGUUCAAUUCAAAAAAAUAAAUAAAAUUAAAAUCUUUAUAAUUUUAUAUAUUUAGAAUUAAAUUUUACUUACAAGAUUGGAUAAUCAAAAUGGACGGACAAUAAAAUUAAAAUUAAUCAUAAUAUUUGAUGGAAACGGAUAGAAAGAGAUAAUAUUUGACUUAAGACAUAUAUGAUCAAAAUCAAGAUACAGCACCAAUCAAUAGAAAAAAAAAUAUUCAAAACUAAAAAGGAUAUUUAGGUGAAAUAGCCUUUUCAUCAAAAAUUGGUGACAAAAAUUUUAGAUUAUAUAAAGACAGUUCUCUAGGAUUUGGUUAGAAAGGUUAAAACAUCUUAAUAGAUUAAGACUGGGAUGAAGACAUUGAGACAGACAACAGUUGUGCUGAAAAAGCUGUUUAAAAGUGCAUCAAACAACUAUACUAAGCCUUGAGACAUCAAAGAAGAGGAAUAGAUCCCACAAGUCCUUUUGUCCAUGACUACACUACAUUAGGUGAGAGAUAUUUUAAGGAAAAUUAGUUGAUUAAUUAAGAUAGAAAUGGGAUAAACUAAAAUUGUAAUUAAGACAGAAAUUUAAAGAUUAGCGACUCUCCUUUAAUUCAGUCUAAAAGUUAAAUUAUGAUUUAAAUGUAAGGAAUGAUGAACCAAAUAGACAUAUAGCAGAGUUAUCUGUCGCAACAAUAAUAGAUAAAUCAUGAUAUUUUGGGUUAAGAAACUAAAAGAGAUUUUAUGAAUACUCCUAUUAGAACCAAAGCAAGUUUUGCUCGUUAAAGCGAUUCUGGAUACAAUUAAUCUUUGAAUUAGAAUUAUUCCUAAAAUUUAUGA